CGAGCGGCGGACCACUACCACGCGCACGACGACCGGCGACCCGUUCGCUGAAUGCCGAUAAAAUAAAACAGUUUACACGGCGCACACUCGGCGCAAUACUACGCGAACGACUGUCGGACGUUCAACAUCGAUACAGUGCGCAUCUCGUCAGUUACGAAUUUACGAUUUAAAUAUUAUUAUUACCGUCUUGCAGCAGAGGUUUUCGGGACCGCCGACAGACUUCUACCAGAUUUUCGUCGCCGUUACCUUGGUAUAAUUCGUUUAUAGGAUGGACAACGUUUCGGUUUCGUCGGGGUCCUCAUCCGUGGACGGCGACGAACUGUCGGCCGUGCUCAAUCGCCGGCAGAAGAUCAACGAGGCGCUGGAAGACGGAAAACCGGUGCCACCUCAGUUCAACAGGCGGCCGUCCACUAAAAACGUUUAUCUCGAGUUUAAAGAGUUCUCGCGCAAGCAGAUCAACGAAUACGAGGCGACGUUCAAAAAAUUCGAUACCGGUAAAGAUGGAUACUUAGACUUGGGAGAAUUGAAACGGAUGAUGGAAAAGCUGGGUGUUCCGCAAACUCACUUGGCGCUCAAAGCUAUGAUCAAAGAAGUGGACGAAGAUUGUGACGAUAAGAUAAGUUUUCGAGAAUUUUUGCUGAUAUACCGCAAAGCGUACGACGGUUCGUUGCCCCUGGACUGCGGCCUCAACGAGCUGGCCCGACUGACGGAAAUCAACGUUGACGAAGUUGGCGUGAUCGGCGCCAAAGAGUUUUUCGAGGCCAAGAUCGAGUAUCAAGGCAUAGCGAACCGGUUCGAAUACGAACUACGACAGGAGAUAGAAGAGAAGAAACGAUCAGAGGACGAGAUGUCUAAACGGAAAAUUGCGUUCAAAGAGAAGACUGCUAUUUUUCAAUAACUCCUUUGGGAAAACUUUUUCUCCUCCACCCGUUCAAUUUCCUAUUUAACUACCCUCACGGCGACGAUUGUGUAUAAUACCUAACCCAUAUAUUAUUAUUAUUAUUAUGUAUAAUAUAUUUUUGAUGUAAAGGUUUUACCUUAAAUAUUAAUUUUUAUAAUCAUCAUUAUUUAUUAUUUAAAAACUCACUAUACCUAUGCCUAUAUUAUAAUUUAUAUACAUUAAGUACAAACAAUCGAUUAUUCUCUGAAAUCGUUUAGGAAAAUUGUUGUUUUUUUUUUAUUAUUAUUACUAUUAUUUUGUCGUAAUAUUAUUGUAUAAUUUUGUUUUGUAAAUGUUUCUUUAUAUAAUUUACGCCUAUAACUGAAUUUUAAUAAAAUGUAAAAUAU